AUGGUUAAGUUCAAAUUCUCUUUGUCAUCUUUCCGACUAUGUCGACCCAAAAACACUUCCCAUUUCUUCUCCCCCAUCAACCCUAAAGUUCUCGAGAUCGCUUACCCUACCAGUACCAUUCCCUCGCCACCUCCCACCACCCCUAGCAGCCACCAACAAUCCCGCAUAUCCAAAUCGAAAACCGCACCUCUCACCACCACCCCGGAGACACAGAACUCUCCUGUUUCUUUCACCAAAAUCUCCGGUGAUCGGAGAAGUAAACACAAGAAGACGAACAACAUGGAGUGCUCUUCAGAUGAAAGUGGUUGGUUCAGUAACAGCGAUAGAGAAACCGAUAGCAUGAGCAUCAGCGUUGAUUCAUAUAAGAAGGAUCAUGAUGAGAGUGUGGUGUACGUUAAGAAUACUGGUGGUGGGACGACGGAGAAGAAGAUGAAGAAAGUGGAGGAGAAAAGGAAGUCGAGGAUGAUGAAGGAGAGCCUGACGGUGGUGAAGUGGUCGAAGGAGCCGUAUGACGAUUUCAAGAAGUCGAUGUUGGAGAUGAUAUUGGAGAAAAAGAUGUUUGAAGCUAAGGAUUUGGAACAGCUGUUGCAGUGCUUUUUAUCUUUAAAUUCCAAACAUCAUCAUGCCGAUAUUAUAUCUGCAUUUACGGAGAUUUGGGAACUGUUGUUCCUUUGA